AUGACCUUAUAGAUAAGGCAGUCAUUACUGUUCAGACAGAAACAUGGCGAAACUUGUGUACAUUUUAGCACAACUAUUUCUUAUAUGUAACACUUUGGGCAACAUAUUCGAGCGGCAGACGUCUACAGGAUGUCCAAUAGAUUUUGUAAAACACGAAAAUUCCUGUUACCACAUCUUCGCUACACCCACUUUAAAAUGGUGGGAAGCUAUGGCAUACUGUGAAAUAUAUGGUGGCGGAGAGGGAACACUGGCUACCGUGGAGUCCGAGUCGGAACAGCUGUUCCUUGAAAAUGAACUGAAGAAAGCUUUCCCAAAUCCUAUUGGAAAAGACUUUUGGCUGGGGGCUAAUGACGUCACGCAUGAGGGCACGUGGGUUUGGAUAAAGAAAGACGAGUAUGUUCAAGAAUACACGCACUGGGCACCGGGUCAGCCAAGCAGUGGUACAUCUGAAAAUUGCCUGGCAUUAUAUGAUGGCCUGCAGUAUAAAUGGAAUGAUGCGCCGUGCAAUCUACCAGAGGGCUUCAUUUGCGAACUCUCAGCACGGGAUGCAAAUCAAAUUGUUGGAUGAUCCAGAAUACAUAUAAAUAAACGAUUUAAAAUAUAUUAAAUAGCUAUAGAUGUCUGAUUUGUUUGUUUCCUGCAUGUAUUUGGGCAGAAUAGCAUAUAAUAUAAUCGUUUGCAUAUG